AUGGCUGUAACAAAGCACCUGCGGGAUCCUCCCCCUUUGGAUGAUUUGGCAACAGUCAUCGAGCGCUCUCUGCUCUCAAACUUUGCGACUGCAAGCGCAAGUGUCGUGCAAUGCCCCGACCUGCGCGAGGCACCUUUCAACCUCGCUGGAUCCGGGCUAUCCGGAAAUGCUCGCAUCGGCGACGUAGGAGGCCAGCAACACCUUUUCCCUCAGCCAGUUCUCGACGCCAAAUAUUCAGUUCUCUCGCUCGCCAAAGACAUGGAAAUGUCUCCUACUAGGGGCUUCAUACUAGGAGCAGGAGCUGCUCCGUUCCAAGAUAUUGGCCAGAAUGCCGAACUGGCACCAAAUCUGUCAUGGAAAGCAAACGACAGUGCAUCGGAUUUCACUGAUAAAAGCUCACUGAGCCUGGAGAAUGGUACCCGAGUAAUCAAAAUUAACCAAGAAAACUCCCCAAAAUGCGAAAAACUCCCAAGCACAAACUCCGCACUGAUGAUCAACCUCUUCGGCUCGGACGGCGAAACAGGUCCAGUUCUUAAGGUAUCCGCGCGGACACGCACUGGCGAGGAAAAUUUUACGAAUUGUAUACGGAACGGCUUGCGUGAUACAUAUGGUGAAUCCAGCCCUGUCAGUCUGGGCGGUGCAUUCCUGCUCAAAUCUGGAAGUGCCAAAUUCCACGUUAUGCCCGAUUUCCCGCCAGAGGAUCAAUUGCCUUUUCGAGAUCGGCAGCAGUUGGAGAAAGAGUGGCUUAGUUAUCAUGUUUUUGAGGCGCCGGUUGUCUGUUUGAAUGUAAUGCAUAGUGCUGAUCCUGAGGGGUUGGGGUUGAGGAUGGAACAUACACAUUGUUUUGAAACGGGUGGAAACCGGAAGGGGGGUCAUUAUCAUUACGAUAUUCAGGAUGGCUGUGGGGAUGUUGAGUAUGAGGCUUACUUUAAUGUGGCUGGGGUUGUUUAUAGGAUCGAUAGACCUGGUGUAUAA